AUGGCUACUCAAGAGAUCAUCAAAGAUUCUUCUUACUGGUAUAAUAAGUUCAUUACAUCUCCAUCAGAUGUUCGUUUUCGCAUUCAUGGAAAGCAUUAUCAACUAGAUAGAAAACUUCUGAUAGAAAAAUCACGUAAAUUUGCUAUGCUACUGAAGGAUCACAAGAAUGAAGAACUCGCAGUUCCUUUUAAGAACAUACCAGGGGACUCCACUGCCUUUGAACUUGCCAUGAAAUUUUGUCAAGGCUAUGAGCCAAACCUUACGGCCAUUAAUAUCGUCCCAGUCAUUUGUCUGGCUUUCUACCUUGAAAUGACUGAGGAGCACUGUCAGGGAAACCUAUUAGACAAGGCAUUUAACUUCUUCCACUUGAAAAUCCUUCCUCACUGGAACGAAUCUGUCAAGGCUUUUCAGACCAUGGAACACCAUUUUGAUUUUGCAAUUCAUCUCGGUUUGGUUGAUUCUUGUUUAGAAUCUUUACUUUCAAAAGCCCGUGAUAAUCCUCGCCUACUUGGAGAACCAUUCAAGAAACCAACCCUCAGUGACACUGGUGCAGAUUACAGACCGAUUGUAAGGAAGAAAUUGUUUACUUCUAAUCAGCAGGCGUCAGAAGCUUUAACAUUGUUAAGUCUCCGUCUUUAUGAGCUGAUCAUAUCGAGCAUUAUUCAGAACGGGGUUCAACCGGAAUAUGUGGCCGCUUCUCUUUUCAGGUAUGCAGAGGCAUGGGCUACAGUUAACAUCACAGGGGAAGCAGUUGUGGAUUCUAAAGAUGUCAUUGAAACAGUAGAGAAGCUUUUGCCUGAUGACAAGAUAGUACUCCCUUGCAAAUUGUUGUUUGAGAUGCUGCGGACCGCAAUUUUCUUCCAUGCUAGUCCUAGCUGUAGAUAUGGAUUUGAGAUGAGGAUAGGAAAACAGCUAAAUGAAGCUUUGGUCGAAGAUCUCUCGACUCCUUCUCAAGGUUAUGCAGCUGAAGUGCAAUUUGAUAUAGAUUGUGUCAAAAGGAUACUGCAGAAUUUCUAUGCCAACUAUACUUCUUCAGAAAGUUCGGGGCUGAUCAAAGUUGCUGAGCUCAUAGAAGAUUACUUGGCCAAGCUAGCUGAUGAUGAAAAUCUCACCAAGGAUUCUUUUAUAUCCCUCUGUGCCAUAUCUGUUGCAACAACAAUAGAAACAAAACGAUACUCGGAUGGAGUAUACCGAGCUAUCGAUAUUUACUUGGACAGACAUAAUUACCUGACUGAAUCAGAGAAAGAAGAAGUUUGUCAAGGGCUAGAUUGCUCCAGGAUGUCGGAAGAAGCCCGCAUUCACGCUUCGCAGAACUCGCGGUUGCCAUUAAGGGUGGUGGUGCAGGCAUUGUUUGUUGGUCAGCUGCACCUAAGAGACGUUAUCACCACAAGGGUUGACAAUUCAGAUAAUGGGUCUAGAAAAGAAGUGAUGGUUAUUGGAAGCGAGGAAAGUGAUGAAGCAAGGAUAGAAAUGGAUAACGGAGUGAUUGAGUUGGAGAACGAAUGUGACAGAAUGAAGAGACAGAUAGAGGAAGGUGUGGUGAAGGAGAAGAAAAAUAGCAGGUGGAAGGCAUUGAAGAGGAAGUUUGGGUGCAUGAAUGGUAGUCAUGCCUGUACCAAUUGCCAAGUACAUUUGCGAACCAAUUUGUUCCGGGAAUUGCAGAUGUUGCAUGAACUGGGAGCUGUAAGUGCUCGGAAAGUUGCACAAAUUCAGGCAGACACUGUAAACAGGAUCUUAACUUCAUAG